AUAUAAUUAAUUUUAGCCUUAACACUGUGUUGUGGGGCCCGAAGUAGGAGGUGACGACCUCAUGAUGCAGUGUGGCGGUAGCAUUUCCAGUAUGAGCCAACUGGGGGUGUUACAAGUUGGUAUCAGAGCCUAGGUUUGAUAGAUUUUGGCUCUUUGAAUUAAAAAGGUUUUGAAAAUAAUAAUGAUAUUGAAUUGGUUUGGUGAGGUUUGGGUUUUGCGGGUGCAUUCAUGUUAAUGUGAUCUAUCUUUUAUUGUUAUGCUUGGUUUAGCUGUGUGCUGAAUUGAUAUUGGAUCAGGAAAAAUUGGGGGCAGUAUGUCGAAUUCUCGAGGUGGUGGUGUACGUAGGGCUAUUCAAGGCCCAGAGUUUGAUCCUUCGUCUGAUGAGUCACAGUAUCCUGUGCCAGCGCAUGUACCAACAGAGGCACCUAGUCAGGAUUUCUUUCGGCAGUUUAUGGCCGCGAUGAUGCCUCAACAGAGGAGUUUCAUUGAUGCUGUGAUGCGGCAUAACCCACCAACAUAUUCUGGUUCAGUGGAGCCAGGAGUCCUUGAGUUUUGGGUUGAAAAGAUGGAAAAGAUAUUUCGUGUUGUUCAGGUUCCGCCAGAUCAACGAGUUAAUAUUGGAGCCUAUUUCUUGGAAGGCCGAGCAAAUCGGUGGUGGUUAGGUGAAGAAGCUGCAGGUGUAGACCAAGUGGAUAUGACUUGGGAUGAAUUUAAAGCAAAGUUAAAGGCUAGGGCUCGAUGUCAGUUGAGGAUUAUCUUGUGA